GUCUCUUUGUCUCUCCCUUGUCUUUCUCUCUCCUCUCAGUGGGACGUCUGUAGCUCUGUUCUCCUGGUGCUGUUUGUGUCUCAGAGCGUUGCUGGAACGUGUUUCUCUCUGCUCUGUGGGUAUCUGGAGGAGGUUGCCCCGCUGUGAGUGUGUGUGUGUGCACUGAGCAUGCUCUACGGGAAGAUCAGGGCCACAUUGCGGGAUGUCUGUGAUGUUGCUGUGCAACCGUGGCAAUGUUCGAUCUCGCACCACAUCUGUUGUACCUGCAACGAAAUUGCCACAGAAUCAGUUUGUGCCUCUCUGCGUCGGCUCACUUGCUGACAGAUGGGCCUUCCUUAUGGCUCUUAUCACACUGAGCAGUUUCCAGGGGCUCAGCGGAUAAUGCUGCACACUCAGAGCUGCAAAGCUCCCAGUUGAUGUCUGUUGUUCUCCAGUGAGCCGUAUGUGACGGGGACAGGGACCAGAGUCCACCUGAGCCCAGCCACCCCCUCCCUUCCUGACUUCCCAUUGUCCUCUCACUGUCACAUUACACAGAAGGCACACACUCUGCAACCUGAUGGAACACUGCUAAUCAGCAGGUGGCGCUGUGUUUAUAGAUGAUGUCUUCCACCUGGUGUCUGUCUCUGGUUCUCCUGGUCUCCAUUCUGGCCAUUUCACACAACGCCGAGCCCGGCUCCACACAUGCCAAGAGGAGACUGGCACAGCCCUCGCCAGGCAGUGGCAAUGCCCUCCAAUACCCUGAUCAGGGCUUCCAGAGUCACGGGCAUGGGCACGGCAGGGAGCGUGGAGGGGGGCAUGGGGGCCAGGGGUCCCACGGUGCCAAAGCCAGUACUGGGGCUGGGCUUCUCUCCCGCAGGCCACUGCACCCUGCAGCUCGGCCUGAGGAUGAUGGGACGGGUCUGGAGGGCCUGAGCCCGGUGAGACUGGAGAUGGGUCCUGUGGGCAGGGAGCAGGAGAAGACUCACGGGGGCUUCAGGAAUCCGUCUCAUGCCCGGGACAACCACCCUCUGGGGCCACGCAAGGGGAGAGGCCAUGGACAUGGGCACCACUUUGACCACAGGAGACAUGGAGGUCGGAGAGAUAAGGGUCGGCUCACUAAAGGUUUUCUCCCUGUGCCUGAGCUAGGCUCUGUUCUGAAGAACAGGGAUAUGUCUGAAGAGGGAUCUGUCUCCUCCGCUGCUGCAGCCGCCUCCCCCUCUCACAGAUUGACCCCGCCCACUGAACCCCCCUCCCCCAUCUCCGCCGUCUUCGGCUCCGGCUCCUAUGCGGUUACCACGGUGAUGAGCGAGCAUCCCCCAACACUGCCCCCAGCCUCCACCAAACCCCAGAAGUCUGGCCAGGGGAAGAUGCAAGGAGAGGUGAUGCCCACUCUGGACAUGACUCUGUUUGACUGGACAGACUACGAGGACAUGAAGCCAGUGGACGCCUGGCCAUCCUCCAGGAAGAAAGACAAGCGGCGCAGUAAGAACCUGAGCAGUGGCAACGUGACGGUGGACGCUGAUGCCAUCGAGCCAUGUGACCACCAUCUGGACUGCCUCUCAGGCUCCUGCUGUGACCUGAGACAACACGAGUGCAAGCCUCACAACCGGGGCCUCAACAACAAGUGCUAUGACGACUGCAUGUGCGAGGAAGGGUUCCGUUGCUAUGCCAAGUUCCACCGGAAGCGUCGUGUGACCAGGCGAAGGGGCCGCUGCGUGGUGCCAGAGUCAGCCAACAGUGACCAGGGUGCCUUCAUCACAGUGUGAGGGGCGACAGACA